CGACCGCCUGCCUCCAUUUUGUACCGACUCCUGAAUUUCCGGGAUAUCGUAGAACUGGGUUCGCUCAAACCCGGUGAUCCAGUAGAGACACAUUAUCGCCCAUUAUAACUGGGCAACAUUAUUGGGAAAAUGAAUCUGUGAAUAUUUCUGUUUACGUCUAUUUUUCCGCUGUGACCUACUUGGAAUAACUUUACAGGGUUGGCAAUAACCAGCCGUCAGCAUGACAGCGGACAACAAGAAGUUCUCUCCGGUUUAACGUUAGUUACUCAGUUACUAGUUUUUAUUCGGUGGCGGGUCAGAAAGCAAGUCAUCGACGAAAGAUCAACUUGUAACUGCAUUACAUUUCAUAUUGUUUCGGACAUAAACUCAAACAGACAGAGCUUUUGUGUGUAAAUCAAAUCAACAAACGAAGAUUAACGUGACUGCUGUAGUCUUCAGAAUUCACCAACAUGCCCGUUCCUCCUCCCCCUCCACCCGGACCUCCACCACCCCCAACUUUCAGCCAGGCAAACACAGUUCCUCCCAAAAUUAGCCGAGAUGAAGCCAAAGGAAGAGGAGCUCUGCUGUCAGACAUUUGCAAAGGCGCCAGACUGAAGAAAGUGGCUGCAGUCAAUGACAGAAGUGCACCUAUAAUUGAAAAACCUGGAGGUCGAGGUGGCGCCAGUGGUGGCAUUGGAGCAGGUGGUGGUGGUGGUGGUGGUGGUGGUUCUGGGCCAAAGCCCAUGGGAGGGUUGUUCAGUGCAGGAGUGCCUAAACUACGACCAGUUGGAGACGGCACUGUUGGAAGGUCAGCACUGCAGCCACCUGGCUCACGCCCAGCAAUACCCCGUGUCGCAAGUCAUUCCGAGCUGGAUGGAUCUUCACGUAGUAGUGAAGGAGAUCGUACUUCAGCUCCUGAGCAGUCGCGAAACAAUCGACCCUUACCGCCAGACGCUCCCAAACCAUCUCAUGUCAACACAAAACCUAGCAGCUCUGCUCCACCUCCACCUCCGCCAUUCAAUCGCGGUGGCAACCGUGGACCCUCCUCAAACCAACAGAGUUCUGGGUCUUCCUCUCAGAGUCGUGACAAACACUUUCCAUCUCCACAUCCAAGCAAGGGGGGGCCUCCUCCGCCACCAUCUUCUGCCCGUGACGGACCUCCUAGACACCCCCCAGGAUCUUCUCGCACCUCUUCAUCCACAGUCUCCUCCAGUGCUCCCCCACCCCCACCUCCCUACAGACAGUCACCUAAUGUUUCCAAUGGUGAGCUAGCUCCUGAGUUACCACAGAGGCGAAACUCGCUGAACAAGAAAAGCCAUCCCAAUGCUCACGUCCGUGGACAAGCACCUCCUCCUCCACCCUCUUCCCAACAGAACCGAAGACCACCACCACCAGCACGUGAACCGUUACUGCGCACCACAGCUCCUCAGGCUCCCCCUUCUGGGGCUCGUAAUGGGGUUCGGGAUACACCACCUCCACCACCCCCUUACCGGUUACAAACUGAAGCCCCCAGUCGAGGGAAACCCCCUCCUCUCUCCUCUGCUGGACGGCAGCCUUCUGGACACGCACCUCCUCCACCUCCACCAAUCCGCAAUGGGCAUACAUCUCAUCAUUCUAGGUCACCUUCUGAUGAUUUUGAAUCCAAGUACUCCUUCCACUCCAUACAAGACCUGCCCCCUCCAGAAGAAUAUAGACCGUUCCAGAAGAUCUAUCCCAGCAAAACCAACAGAGGUACUGUAAGGGGUGCACCUCCUUUGCCUCCUCCUGUGCGAUGAACAUCAUUCAGGGAAGACAAGGACCAAAUUGAGAUGACACACACACACACAUACAUAUAUAUUGACCAAAUACUGUGUAUAUUUGUACCACGCAAACAAUAAUUAUUCAUACGAAACACUACUUAUAUAAAAUCAUUCCUAGGACAACACUAUGUAUCAACACUCUUAUCCAAACCACUUGAGAAUGCUGUACUUCUAGACACUGUGCAAUAUCCCUGUGCUGCCUAGAAAUCGCACCUUCUAAUACUGUGCCUUAUGACGGGCACAGUGUUGUGACCAAAACAGAGCAAACGACUCAACUUACAAUGGGGUUGAAUGCAUAUAUUCCACCUCUCCUAUAAAGCUACCAAAGUUUAAGAGUUAUAGUUUUAAUAAAUAAGAAAAUGUGUAGCACUUGUAGAUUAUUGAUGUCUAUACAUAUAAGACAGGAUUCUGAGACACUUGACAAUCAAUCUAUUACGUAUCAUAUUAUGUUAUUGUUACUGUAUUUUGUUCUAAUUCUAUUUUUAUCUAGAAUAGUGUCCAAGAGGAAGUUUCAUUGAAAUGCAAGUGUUUGCUUACACUACAAAAGCUAUGAAAUGGUUUCUUCUUUCAAACCGUGGCCACACUACAUUAGGGAACAUUAGCCACCCAUCACUACUUACUUUCUCAGUUAUUUUGUGAAAACUAUGAGUAGUUCAUUGAACAUCUCAGUAUGUGUGAAUGACAAUACUUGUUUUACUGACGUUUGUUCGCUUCACCUCUGUAAAGGGAACUUUGUUUUUGUUUAAUAUUGACCAAAUAUGAAUGAAGUGCCAGAGGUUCUGACAAAUACUUACAUGGUGAUCUGUGUGUAUUUUUGGAACUGUAUACAGGUCUAUGCAAUUCUAUAGUGCCAUCAUGUGGCUUAUUUGCACCAUUUCUUCUACUGGGUACCAUGUUUUUAAGGUGAUUUAUACGUUGCCUUUUUUAAUAGUUUUUGUUUCAAACCUAAGCUGAAUUUUAGGACGUACAUUUGAAUAGAUUUUGUAUACAACACUCGCGAAAACGGACGUUUUACAAGGGAUUUAUUUUAAUUGUGUGACAUUUAAAGUCGAGUAACAUGAACUCUUAACAUUGUCACGUGUCCAGGCACUUUCUGGAUGUUAACUUUAGAAGUAAUGUUUGGGGAUUUGGUGACCUUUUAUUCUGAUAUGUGACUGUCAUUUUAUCGCUUGUUUAUAAUUGUGUUAAAAGUUAUGUUAAUAUGAUGCAUUUGAAAUAAUAAAAAGGUUAUGGGAAAUUUA